AUGGGUCCUUGUGGUGCUAAAAUUACAAAUGUCCAAUGGACUGGAGGAUGGAAUGUUAGAAAUUGGCUUGUAUACCUCGAAAUGUCGAUCACUUCUCCGACUUCUGCUCCGCAAGCAAUUGGCCAUUUUACCUUUAGUGAUGACAAAGGUCAUUCUUAUAGAUGGUAUAAAGACCCUGGGUUUGUUAAUUGCCAAGACUGUAAUAAUUCUUGUAGAUAUCAAGCAAAUCCAUACAACACUGGCUUUUGGCUGCAUGAUCCUUAUCUAGCACCUCCACAGGGGACUUGGUUUGAUGUUUGGAUUGCAAUAUAUUGGGAUUGUGUCUAUCAAGGCAAUGAGUCAAUAUCCUGUAUUUCUGAAAAUAUACACUAUCGAGGUUUAAACAACAAUAAUGUGUAUCCUCCAGGUAGUCCAAGUCCACAAUGA